UUUUUGGGAGAUGGAUCAUUCACAAUCGAAUGGCAACGGUGACGAUGCGUUGGAGGAGUUGGUGUCGGAAUACUACGACCCGGUAGCCAUUCUUCUUUCCAGUAUUCACUACGACACGAAGAAUCUCACAGAUGAGCUAAAAAAAUGCUCGGUCACUUACGACCAGCUAAGCGGUCUCGAGGCGGAAGACUUACGACUAAUGGGAAUGACAAACGAGAAUGCAAUCAAGGAGAUUCUAUCCGACUUAUGCGAGCUCUUGAAUCAAAGGCGAAUGUACGGCAGUGUUCUUCAGCACGAGUUUGACCCUUACCAGUACGCCACAACUAUUUGCCAAAACACCUCCGACCACCUGGAGAGCAUGCGGAUGUUGGUUAGGCUGAUGCAGCUAAACUUUAGUGUUACAUUUCCAAAUAACGUUUUGCUAGACGACCGUUACUAUGCGACCGAGAUGUCCCUAUCGCUGUGUGAUAGAAUCUGUGAAAGGUUGGACGGCAUGUGCACAGUUUUAGGCGGUGCUGAUGCAAGUAGCAAACGCAAAGCAUGGAUGCCAAAAUUUACCGUUCCGCUGGUGCUCCUCUCCGGUGUCUUCGUGCUAACAGCAUGGUUGAAACGAAAGUAAAAGUAAACUAAAAGUGAAAGUAAAAGUAGAAGUUAGUACUUACGAUGCAGCAGCAGUACGUUAAAAGAGAACUCUAGCAGAGCACAAUAAAUUCUCGAAUUCCGUGCUAAGGAAAUUUAUUA